CUUCCAACACGCUUCUCUCUCUCCUCUUCUCUCCUCUCCUCUUCCUUCAUUCCCUUCUUUGCCCUAAUCAACCAUCUCAAUUCUCAGAUCUCUUCCCUCCAUUUCCAUAUGUGAUCCUUUGGUAGAUUUUGUUGAUAAUUUUAUUGUGAAUAUCAAUACAACAACAACAAAGCCUUAUCCCACUGGACGGGUCCUGCAAACACAUGAAUAGAAGCUUCUCUGAUUUAUCAGAGCCAGGUUUCAAUGAAGGCUUCUUGGUUGCCCUGGCUCACUUUGGAGCUAUGCAAAUUGCAAACAUGCUUUUGAGAACCACUGGCACACACCCACAGAAAAAAUAUGUUUCCUAGAAUGCUGUCAUUAGCUGCUUGAGUUAGGGUUAGCUUACUGAUUAAUCUUUAACGGCUAUAUUUUCCAAGCGAAGUUUUGUCUGGUUACUUUUGGGGUGUUACGAGGAUAUGUUUUAAGCAUACUAUGGAGCUGAUUUUAGAUUGGAUUAAAUUUCAUUUACAAUUCUAAUGGCAAUGUUCUCUAGAUUAGGGUGGGGGGUAUCACUUUAUUCCUUUAAAUAACUUUCCCUGGAUGUUGAAUUUCAUCAAACCAUUGAAUUGGAAGGUCUGACUACUUAGAUCAGGUUAAAAGUUUAUAGAAUUUCAAAAAGGUUAUGAUUCUUGGUUAUUUGGCUAUAAUAAUGUUUUUAAAAAUUGAAAUAAAUGUCAAAUAUUAGAUUAUAUAUCUUUCAGUGUCCUUUUCUAAAAUUUGGCAGUAUGCUUGAUCUUCAAGAUAAUAUCACAUGACUUAGCAGUUAUCUUGCUCAGCUUCAAUGUUUUUAAAACUUUUUAAACAAAAUAAGUGUACAAGAGCUACUCUUGGAUUAAAUAAAUCCCUUCCCUUCAGCACGCAUUGAACAUCUGUUCUCUAAUCUGAAUUCUGACUGCUGUUAUGUUGGGAUGUUAUAAUGUGACUUCUUCCUGUUGUCUUUUGUCGGAGAUGCAUAUCUUAGCUUCUGUUUGAGUUAAUGGUUGUUCUUUUCUUUUCUUUUUUUCUUUUUUUGGUUCCCGUGCGCAGGGGUGUGGGGGGAUGCCUUCUCUUUAGUUUCUCUCUCAUGAAAUUCUCUUUACCUUUUCUCUUUUGAGUUAAAAGAUAAGAACCUGGAGCAUAAACAGUCAUUCUUAGAUUUUAGAAGUUCAUUCUAAUAAUGCCAUGGACCCUUACAGGUGCAUCCCAUCUUAGCUUUUUGACGUCACAAAUUGUAGAUACUUUGAUACUCAAUAUGGAGCUGAGUACUAUUAAAGAUGCAUUUGAUCGUGUCACAAAGAAGCAAAAGUUAUCUAGUGCCAAGACUCAGGAAAUGCUUGAUCAAAUCAGACAGGAAAUUGAGAGUGCUUUAGACAAGAUGCAGUCAGCCAAUAACUCGGACCCUGAGCACAAUUAUAAAGCUGUCCUCAAUGAGCUCAAGGCCAAUUUGCUUAAAAUUGCUCCCCUUAGCCAAAUGGAAGGCACACAAAAAGAGCUAAAUGUAGCACUCAGCAAGUAUGGGAAGCUACUUGAGAAAUAUUUCAAUCCUGAUAUAUCAAAGGCUUAUAGAAAUAUUGAUGUUGAUAUACAUACGUUAAACCAAAUAAUUGCCAACCAUUUUUAUCGCCAGGAACUUUUUGAUAUUGGUGAUCAUUUUGUGAGUGUGGUUGGAGAACCAGAAUCUGCUUCCACUAUGAAAGCUCCAUUCCUAGAAAUGUAUCAAAUACUUGAAGCCAUUAAGAACCAGAACCUGGAGCCAGCCCUAAACUGGGCUUCAAUGAACUCUGACAAACUUGCUCAAAGUGGAUCCGAUAUUGUGUUGAAGCUUCACUCUAUGCAAUUUGUGAAAAUACUUCAAAAUGGAACUAGAGAUGAAGCUCUUCAUUACGCCCGAACUCACCUGUCUCCUUUUGCUUCCAGUCACAUGGCUGAAAUCCAGAAGCUCAUGGCCUCUCUCCUGUGGACCGGAAAACUUGAUCGGUCUCCAUACCAUGCAUUAUUAUCUGGAUCUAACUGGGACAAGUUGGCCGAGGAUCUUAAACGGGAGUUCUGCAAUCUCUUGGGGCAGUCGUACAACAGUCCAUUGAGUGUGACUGUAGCAGCAGGGGUUCAGGUUUUGCCACCUCUCCUUAAAUUUAUGAAUGUCAUGGCAGGGAAGAAGCAGGAAUGGCAGACAAUGAACCAGUUGCCUGUGCCAGUUGAGUUGGACCGGGAAUUCCAGUUCCAUUCUAUUUUUGUUUGUCCUGUCUCAAAGGAACAAGCAACCGAGGAUAAUCCGCCAAUGUUGAUGUCCUGCGGCCAUGUCCUUUGUAAGCAGUCUAUCUUGAAGAUGUCGAAGAAUCACACAAAGAUGUUUAAGUGCCCUUACUGUCCCUUUGAUAUUGAUGCUGUACAAUGCAGGCAGCUAUAUUUCUGAUGUUGAAUAAUUUGUAUGAAACUCUCUUGUACAACUGAAUCCACGUGUUGUUGAAUAGUUCCGUUAAAGCAUGGGCAUUGGCAUGCCAGUGUUUGGUGACUGCAAAAUGCCAUGCCAAAUUGUGAUGUCUGUAUGUCUGUAUGUCGAAUAACAUUUGUUGUAAAUAGAAAUUCUUUCAAGUUGGUUA